AUGGCUGAGGCACAAUUUGCUUGGAGGGCUUGGGCCAAGCAGCAGUUACGGACCCAGCCUGGCGAUGCGAAUCCGAACGGCGAAGACGUGGAAGCCACCGAAGACUCUAUUGGUUCAAACCCUAAUCGUUUGGCAAAUCCUUCCAAUUUCCACACUUUUGAUCUCGCCUUUCUUCCUCCUUUGCGGGCAGCAAGGAGAAGAACAAUGCAGGGGCGAUGGCUCGCCAAGCUAGGUCGAGAUUUGAUCUCCUCUUGUCGUCCCUCGCGCCUCGAUUUACCUUCGCGAUGCCUCGCCUCGAUGGCGCUUUCCGUAAAUCUCUCCGUACCUAAGCCCGUCUCUGCUCGUAGUCGUCGCAACAAGCCGCCAGAUUUAGGGUUUUACCCUAUCUCUCCUCUCCUUCCGGUGGGUCAAGCACGCUUUUAUGCUGCAAAAGAGAGAUCGAGGGCGCCGCUGACGCCGGUUAAGUCUAAAGUCAAGAAAUAUAAACUCAAGUCUUACUCAUCCUUUAAGUCCAGAUUUAGGACAAUGAACGAUGGGCAAAUAAGGAGAUGGAGAGCUGGAAAGCGACACAAUGCACACUUGAAGUCAAAGUCGGCGAAACGGAGGUUGAGGCACCCUGAGAUUGUGCAUUUAGCUUAUGCUAAAGUUCUAAAGAAGCUGAACUUUUGUGGCUAGCGUGCAGAAGCAUUUUUAUUAUGAUUUUUAAGUUAGAUUGCCUCUCAAUUUAAAUCAGCAACUUUUCCAGCGUACUUGUGCACUCGAGGUUGAUGUUUAGCAGCUUAAUGUCCAUGACUUUAAACCUUAAUUGCUGUGAUAAAGCAGUAUGUUCCAUUGGCCUUUUCUUCCUUGAGAGGGAACAUACAACUCAUUUUCUCUUGCUCUUCUGCCUUCUGGUAAUAGAAACAAGUUUACCAUAGCCA